AACCCUAGAUGUAAGAAUGGCAUCAAGAGAUCUCAUCACAAGCUACUCGAAGCUCCUCUCUCGAAUGGCUGUUCGUUCCCUUCGCACCUUCGCUUAUUCCGACUCCAAUUCCGAAUCAUAUAUUCCAACUAACAAUUCGGACUCUGACUCGUGCUCCAAACAACUUCCUCACGCUGAAGGUAAGAAAAACAGAGCAUUCAAUCGAUUCCUAAAAGAAGGACCAGCAUAUCCCUGCAAAGAUGAUGAUCAACACUUGAUCAAUCCGCAAAUGAUGAUGAGGAACACUUGCGACAGCCGGCAAUGGUUUAUAAGCUUAGAGCCUGAUGCAGUUAGAGAUGUUGUGAGUAAUAACUUUUUUACUAAUGAAGCUGGUGAUGCAAUCAACGGUGAGGGCCCAGUUUCUACAUCCUCAAGGAAAUGCUAUAGCUAAUAGAGUUGCGUAUAUAGCUUCACGUUUGACCUUGGGAGUUGGGACAAAGUUUUCCGAA